CGAACUACGCACGGGGACGCUUGCCCGACGGCACGCAAACGAUACUUUUUUCGAUCCCCAAUUUUUUUCCUUGCAACUUCUGGACUGACACCUGUUGCAUGGACUUAGAAUUGUUAACAAAUAAUAAUAUCAAUAGACAAUUUUGAACUUUGAAAAUUUAUUUCACCCCAUUCAGGGAUAAAUAAAAAAUAACAAAGCUAUGCAUAUAAUAGCAGGAUAACGUCGUCAUAUCUUCCUGAACAGCAAUCAACGAAAGUCGACACCGUUGUAAUCAGCGAUAGUAAAAGGCGAGCGACAUCCUUCCGCGGUCCGAUCGCCGCCCGUCGGGAAAACUUUUCCUCUAUACAAAGUCCUUAUAGGUCGAUGCAAACUUCGCAGUCAAAAGUUCGCGUUCGCAAAGUUAUACGCACGAGUCUCGGGAACUUUUCAGUUGUACAACUCUCCAUGAAAACAAUUCCCCAACUGUUUCUGGAAACGUUUUAACUUGCGUUCUGUCCUAAUGGAAAAAGGUACAGCAUAAAAAGACGAUAAUUUGUAACAACGUGUGUAACGAUCUAAGAUAAAAUAAACUGUGAUUAAAACAAUGAACAACAUGAACUUUAUAGUGUAGUGUUAAUUAGAACUGAUCCAAUAUGGCAGCAGCAAUGAUAAGUGAUCGAGGACUUCGUAAAAAGUUGACGCAGGAGGCGAUUCCGGAGAAAACUCCGCGAAAACCUUCAAAGCGUAAAUCGACCGCGAGUAGCUCGAAGGCCGAUAAGAAAAACGAGCAAAACAAUAACAAGAGAGCGAAAGUGCACACAGGAGAUCCGAAAUUAGACCUGUUCUCCACGUAUCAGCCGUGGGUUAUACAGACGUACGGGGAUUUAGCUAAAACUAAGACGAUUACUUUGAAGAAGUACGGACGGAUUCUGCGUACGUUGCGGGGGGAGGAAUGCAACAGUUCCGAUAGUUCUAAGUUCCGUUUCUGGGUAAAGGCGAAGGGUUUCCACGUGGGCAAGCCGCCUGGGUAUGACGCGAAGCCUGCCGACGGCAUCGUGUGCAGAUAUAGCGUGCUGGACGCGGAGAGAUGCGCCGGCGGCGUCGAGGGGCAGGAUGUGUUCAGCGGCUCACAGAACGACCCACCGCUGUAUAUACCGACCCCACCAGUUAAGAAUGCACCAAAUCAAGAACCAGUCUAUAGAAAAGUGGCCGUUGUGGAAAAUUUCUUCGAUAUCAUCUAUACGGUUCACGUAGAAUUAGAAGGAAGACCUGGAAAGCAUGCGGGCCAAAAAAGAACUUAUAGAACAAUUACGGAGACGUACGCGUUCCUGCCGCGGGAGGCCGUCACGCGUUUCCUCACCGGAUGCGCGGAGUGCGCGCGGCGCCCGCGCAGCGCUUCCCCCCCACCCCUGCCGACACCUUCCCCCUCCCCCACCCGACACCCCACCUACCUCCCCUUCCUGCCCCACUGCGCGCCUGAUUACACGCGCAACUGGGAGUCUGAGAUAGACGCCGCACAUUCUAAUUACUACGAACCGAAAUUCGAGUACACGGAACUUCAGCCGCUCAAGAAAGUUGAGAGCCCCAAACCGACUGACGUUGAGGAUCCUGAACCCACGUAUAUUGAGUUAACAUCGAAGAAGGUUAACGGGUUUGAAGCUGCACCACUUUUAAGUAGAACUUCUCCAGUCGAACCCGCGUUUCAAGAAGAGGAACCGGUCAGAACAGACCCUGAAAUAGACAAAGACGAUAACAGUCUAAUAGACGUUGAAGAUGUUGUAACUGACAGUCCAGCACCACUACUAAGACCGCAGAAAGAUGAAGACACGAGGCAGUCAGAAGGCGAAAGUACUAAACCUGUGGAUAGCAAAGUAUCUAAUGAUAAGACUGAACCCAAAAAAGAGAAGAAAUAUAAUCCACUCGAUGUAGCUAAUUUAACGUCUAAAGACCCACCGAAGUCACGGUCUCCGCCUAGAAAGAAGUUGUUACCUUCGAGUAUUGAAUAUUCGUCCAACUCCUUUGGGAGGUUUCCGAAGCCUUGGAGACCUGAUGGUGGGGCGUAUUAUGGCGGAGAGGAGAUGGACUACAACGUGCCCAUUACGACUGCGUAUCUGAAGCACAUGAGGAGUAUGGCGUACCAGGACCGCAGGGAUUCAGAGAAUAAGGAUAACUUAACACCCGAGCCAGCGGACAUGAAUGAUGACGACAAUUUUUCUAGUCAGGCCCUCGCCAAAGAUGCUGAGAAGUUGAAAAUGAUGUUGCUAGCAUGGAAUUACCACAGCCAGGCACAAGGCCGCAACGGCGACAUAACGGAGACGGGAGGAGAUAGCAUGGCGGACCUAUGGGCAUCAUACCAUAGCGCUUUGGGGCUCGGCAGCAAGCCGCCGAAACCCCCUACGCCAUUGGCCACUGGCCACUCGAGUCCAAUCCACGUGGGCUCAGUGACUCCCGGCGCCGAACCAGCGUCUACACACGACGAGACUUCAUCAUCAGAUCGGACUAAAGAUGAUGAUGACGGUGGAGCAUCAGAUGAUGACUCUGAUGAUAGAGUUGAUCCGCAACAUCAUGACCCUGAGCGGCUGAAGGCAUUUAAUAUGUUCGUUCGCCUCUUCGUAGACGAAAACUUGGACAGGAUAGUUCCAAUUUCAAAGCAGCCUAAAGAGAAGAUCCAGGCUAUCAUCGACUCUUGCACCCGACAGUUUCCGGAGUUUGCCGAACGUGCACGAAAGAGGAUUCGUACUUAUUUGAAGAGCUGCAGGCGGAAUAAAAAGGUUCGAGGAGAGAUACCGACGGCUGGCAAUGGAGGAAGUACGCCUGGCUCGGGCAAUGCCUGGGAUACUGCGGUGCGGCCAACUCCUGCGCACCUGACAUCAGUGCAAGCGGAACACAUUCUGGCGCAGGCGUGCGAGAAUGAGAGCCUGAACGCUAAGCGCAUGCGUCUUGGACUCGAUCCUGUGAGCCAGCCCAUGCCGACUGUGCCCACUCCUAUGGCAAUUGACACCACAGCAACAUCAGCAGUAGCUUCAUCAUUCCUCAGUCUAUACAGUGGAGCUAUCAGUAGCCCAGCAUCAACCCCAGCUACAACCACUUCAACCAACUCGUUGCCCACUGCUGGGCACAGCAAGGCUGCGGCCGACACUACCAGGCCAUCAGCAAGCCCCACUAUGGACAACCCGUUGCUGAACAACAAUAAUCUGAAGCUGGAUAACGCUAAUGGGAACGCUGGGAGUAAGACUGCUAGCCCUGCGUCAUCGCCAGCACCUCUGUUCAGACCGUCAUUCCCAAACACGUUUGGCACUCCGCAGACUUUUGGACGACAAAAUUCAAACCCGAACCCUGCAUCAUCAGCGCUGACCAGUAGCGCUCUACUGUCCACACUUACUGCUCUGCCCCCUACCGGAGCAGGCGUGAACGCAGCGAUGGCGGCCUACCAGAGCGCGCUGCUGUCCGCCAUGGCUGCGCACACGCAUACGUUCCCCACCAGUCUCUCUGCACCAACAGAUCUGUCACUCAAGAGCUCAACGCCGACAUCCCUGCACGGGACCUCCACAGCAUCAUCUCUUGCAUCCACGACGGCCAGCCAGACCAAGCCACAGCUUCUCUCACAUAAGCUGUCUGGCGCCGAGGUAGGUGCAGUUCGGCAGCUGAUCACCGGCUACCGCGAGUCAGCCGCAUUCCUCCUCCGAUCGGCCGACGAGCUCGAAGCACUACUCCUCAACCAACCCUAGGAUACGGCUAAACCCCUAACAGACGUAUUCGGGUUCAAAUUUGGAUAUUUCUAAAAAUCUGUGCUCGUGAGUGACAAAAUUCAAGUGCUGCAAACUGUUUCGGGGGUUAUAUUAAAUCAAAUUAAGUGUUAAGCACAGAAAUUUCUGGAUUUCGGGAUCUUUGAACGGACUAACUGGUUAGCAAAUUGCCAACCUUCAAAAAUGUUGAAAAUUUCUGACUGAAUUAUGCCAAUUUUACUAACAAUUACAACACUUUUAAUUGUUUCUACAUAUUACAUUUAAAUCAAUAGUUAUCCGAUUUGUCAAUAGUUACAAUUGCUGGGUUGAGGUGGACAGUUGCCAGUACAAAAAUGUGACGAAUAAGUGUUGCCAUACUAGUAACUGGACAUUUCAUCUCACCAUAGAUUAAUUAAAUUUUUUCAAUAGACAUUUCACACAUCGCUUACAUUUACCCGAAAUAAGUAGAAUACACAAACAUAGAUUAUGUUAAAAAGGAACUGUAUGCUGACAACAUUAUUUAUUGCGUGAUAUAAAAGAUUGUUGUUCCAAUUGGUAGUGUUGCCAGUAAACUACAUUUGUCCAAAUUAUUAAGUAGAAUUACGAGUCUAUUCACUGAUAAUACAUGUGUCUAAGAAUGUGCUCACACUUGUCGACUGAGGACGUAAUCCUAGUUGUUUACAUAUUUAAUUGUUUCUCGGUACGUCCGCUUGUCUACUGGGUAUGUCGGCAAGCGUGUGCGCACUCUUAGAACGACUCUUUCGGCGUUCACAAAAUGAAUCGGUCAAAAUCGCAUUUUGUUUUGUCAAAGUCGACAAAGUCGCAAACUUAGAAGUCUACUUCGGCGAUCGUACAAAGCUGCCAUAAUUAUUGUAAAAAAUCUAAAUGUUGCCAUUUGAAACUCGUUGGGAGAGUACAAAAUUAUUUUUGUGUAUAUUUAGAUUAUAAGAGAAAAAAAUCAGGGAGUCUCUAGCGUUAGGUUAAUAAAAAAAAACGAUUUCUUGCCUGGUGCGGUUUAUAGUAUAGUAUAUCGAUUAUCUCAUCGAAAAUUGCUUGAAAAAGGCGGCUAUUAAAUAUUUGGAGUACGAAAUACAUCUUUUCUUGAUUGGGUGACUUCGAAACUCGGACACAUUGAGAUCGGUCUCGAAGGUUUUGAACUACUUUUUGUGUAGCGGCAUUUUAAUGUCCCUGACGACUUCGAAGUCAACCUAAAGUUAACACUUAGGUUGAAGCGGCAUUUUAGUAGUAAGAAGGCACGAAUUUAUUUGUUGUUUUGUAUAAUAGCGCUCUAGCUUUACAAUGAUUAAUAUAUUUAUAAUUUUAAACAUUUUCAUUAUUUAAAAGAUUCUAUAAGUCUUUAUGUAUAUCGUGAUCGGCUCCAUCCAAAAUCAUUUUUGCUUAGUUUUUUCUAAAUAGUUUUAGUUUUUUAUUCAUUAUUCGCUUUGCUCAGUACAAUGGAAAGAUUUUUGACUGUAUCUGUUUGUUACCAUAGAUGUAUGGCCAAGUACUGUAUGUAAGGUGUUAAAUAAGAUACUUGCUUACGGUGUACAAAAUAUUCCACUUCUUUAAAAAAAACUGUAAAACCUAUUUUUCAAUUAAAGUUUCUGUAAAUUUUGGCCUAAAGUAAUUUCGUUGAGCAAAAAGUGGAUUUGGGUAAUACCUCGUAAAUGUUAUUUCUGUUGUUAACUGUAGUUUAGUUUAACUUCUGGCCAGUUUUAUUCAAUUUUUGUAAUCUAUAAUAUAAUUUCGAUGAUAAGGUUAAACAAAAUAAUACAAUAGAAUAAUUAAAGUCACAUAAACGCUUAUUAUGUUGCUACUGAUUUCAUAACUUCAAAUGUUUCGACCACUGUAGAACGAUCCUUGAAGGAUCAGUUGACCAAUUGCGACUCAGAGUUUUGUGACGUCAUCACUCAUCGUCCAAUCAGGGAAUAGACCUCGUCUACAAUGGUAGCAACAUUUGAAAUCUGCAAAUAAUGUAUAAUAUUUUCUCAACUUUGCCAGUUUUUCUCAAUAGUGUUAAAAGCUUAACGCCAGUUUUAAAAUAAAAUUGUAAAUUCACUUUUGAAUACAAAAAUUGCCAAAGAAACGAAUUGAUUUUUCGUAAUUGAAUUAUGUAUGGUAUGUGGAAUUGCUGAUUAAUUUACUUAUUAUAAUUGUAAUACUUUUGAAGUUAAGGUUAAUUUAGGGUUAGUUAUUAUUUUUUUGUUUUUGAAAAGUCAUUCCAAUAUUUUUCUAAAAUGGACACUCGGUGCGAAGGGAAGCUAGUAGUCAUUGUAUAUGAGAAAAAAAAUGUAAAAAGUAUGUUUAGAAUUAUAAAAAAAGUUGAUUAGAAAUACGUGAAAGUUGAUGUUGGGAUAACGAUAAAAAACGAAAAUGGUGGUAAUACGUUGAGAACAUGAAUUUGUUAGACAUUAAAAUAUAUUAUUAUUAGAGAUGUAUAAAUGGUUUACAAUUAUUAUUAUCUAUUAGUUCGAGAGAAAUACAAAAUGGUGAAAAAAAAACGACAAAAUGGCGAUUGUUACUAUUAACGAUAUGAGAAUUUAGUUAUAAUUUUGCAAUUUCAAAAUGUGAGUUUUACAAUUUUGAAAAAGAAAAUAUUAAAUAUGCUCAUAUACUGAA